AUGCGCUCUCCCGACAUUCCGACUGCGGCGUCUACAGGUCUGCAGGGCAACCAUGGCCUUACCGUGGCGAGGAGCAUGCCUACGUCGCGUCGUCAGAGCCCCUCUGAAGAUGAUGUGGAGUUGGCGAAUCAUCUCCACAACUUAUCGCUCAUCGGUCAGGAGCGUAGCUCGCCUAUGCCUACAAGCCAGUCCUCGUACUUCCAGCGCAAUGGCCGUCUCGACGGCGACGCUGCCGGUUUCGGCGCCAUCUACAACGCCGGAAUGAUUGAUGAGCAACUGGACAAGGAGAUGCGCAUGAGUUCAUUUAUGUAUUGUAUGUAUUCCUCGAAGUAUUCUCACCGUUUCUAG